AUGUCAGCUCAAAGUAAUCUGGUCGUUCCGGCGCUAUUUUCGGAUUCGAGGAGCUCGUCGACCACGGAUGUCAGCUCGAUACAGGAUGUGAAGGAUGAGAAGGCGCAGGUGGACGUAGAAAGCCGAAGUGUCCGCAACGAUGGCUCUGAUUCGGAGAAGGAGGAGAUGGAGGACCCGACGUUGGUUACUUGGGAUGGCCCUAAUGACCCGGAAAAUCCAAAGAACUGGAGCCAAUCACGCAAGUGGGCGGCAACGAUGAUCGUCUCUGCAUUCGCUUUCGUGUCGCCUCUUUCUUCGUCCAUGUCUGCUCCGGGCCUCGACCACAUCGGAAAAGACCUGCAUAUUCCAGAAGGCUUCCAGCGUCAAAUAGUCCUCUCCAUAUUUCUGUUGGCAUUUUCGUUCGGCUCGUUCGUGUUAUCUCCAUGCUCAGAGAUAUGGGGGCGUUCCUGGAUCAUCCGUAUCGGCAAUGGUGUUUUCAUUCUCUUCAACACGGCCUGCGGUUUCGCUCAGUCAGGCCCCCAGAUUACCGCUUUCCGGUUCAUCUCUGGCUUUGGUGGAAGCGCCAUGCUCGGAAUGGGAGCCGGUGUGCUUGGUGAUUGCUGGCUUCCUUCGGAGCGGGGCAAGGGGUUCAGUAUCUAUCAGCUCGCGCCUGUCCUCGGACCUGCACUGGGCCCUAUUGCCGGUGGUUUCAUUUCUCAAUACACGACCUGGAGAUGGACAUUCUGGUCGCUCACCUUCUUCAACAUAUUCAUCCAAACCCUCGGCGUCUUCUUCCUCCGCGAAACGUACGCUCCCCGCAUCCUUCUCCUCAAGGCCCGGGCGAUCCGGGCAAGGACAGGCAACCCAGAAUUCCGCACCCAGUGGGAGCGCGACGAGCGCACCUUGACCAAGCUUCUCGGCAUCUCCCUCACCAGGCCCUGGCGCAUCCUCGGAACGCAGCCCAUCGUCCAGAUGCUGGCGCUGUACCAAGCCUACAACUACGGCACGCUGUACCUCCUGAUCUCCAGCUUCCCGACUCUGUGGGAGGGCCGCUACGGCAUGACCAAGAGCGUCGCCAGCUUGAACUACAUCUCGCUGGCCGUCGGCUCGCUCAUCGGCGCCCAGCUGUGCGGCCCGCUGAUGGACGCCAUCUACCGGCGGCUGCAGCAGCGCAGCGGGCGUCCCGUCGACGAGGCCGGCCCGCCCGAGUUCCGCAUCCCCAUGAUGAUUCCGGCAUCGGUCAUCAGUCCAUGCGGUAUUUUCCUGUACGCGUGGGCCGCGCAGGCGAAGUGUCACUGGCUCGUGCCGAAUAUUGGAGCCGCGCUCUUCGCCUGCGGAAGCAUGAUUUCCUACCAGUGCAUCCAGACGUACAUCGUCGAUUGUUACGCGCAGUAUUCCGCGUCCGCGUCGGCCGCGUCGGCCUUCCUGCGGUCCCUUGCUGCCUUCUCCUUUCCGCUGUUUGUCCCUUACCUCUUUGAGUCAUUGGGAUAUGGCCGCGGCGGAAGCAUCCUGGGUCUGAUCGCGAUUGUUCUGGGCAUUCCUGCUCCGUUGGUCUUCUGGAAGUACGGGUCCGCAAUCCGGGCAUGGAACACGUUUAGCGGUUAA